ACCCCCACCGCUUCACAUGCUCCUGUCCGUCACUCUCCACCUUGCCUAGAUAAAUAACCCCCCACCCUCGUCUUUCCUCCGCCACAAUCUCAACCUUCCUUCCUCUGUUUCUGCUGCUCCUGGUGACGAAAAAGGGUCAGUAUGGUGGUCAAGAAGCAGAGCAAGCUGGUUCAGACUCAAGUACUGAAGCAGAUGCUGAAGCGGUGCUCGAGCUCUGGGAGGGGGAAAGGGCCGCCGGUGGACGUUCCCAAGGGCCACUUCGUCGUCUACGUCGGCACGAACCGGAGCCGCUUCAUCGUACCCAUCUCCUACUUGGACCACCCCCAGUUCCAGGGCCUCCUCCGCCAGGCCGAGGAGGAGUUCGGCUUCCACCACCACAUGGGCCUCACCAUCCCCUGCGACGAGACCGUCUUCCGCUCCCUCACCUCUGCGCUCAAAUGACCACCUUUUUUGCCAUCUCCGACGUGCUCGGGAUGGAUUAGUGUGUAUACUACAUGGCGUGCCGGUCGCGCCAUCCAACCGUACGCCAUAAUUUGUUGAGGAGAAGAGGAGAAGUUGCUCCUCUGUCACUGCAACACUCUCUCUCUCUCUCUCUCUCUCUCUCUCUGUCUCCCAAGUAUUGUCUGCUUAGAACUCUGUUCUCUGAGUUCUUGCAGCAGCGCAGCUCAAACUUCUGCUUGAUGCUAAGAACCAGAGCAAGUUAAGCAUUAAGACAUGAACGAUAUGGAGUGUAGUGUGAGAUCUACGGUUGAUUCACGGUAGAACAAAUUAAGUGUAAGCUUUGGAACUUCUUCUGUUGCCCAAUCCGAACAACUCUCAAACAUGUAUGAACAGUGAGUUGUGAUAUCACCUUCAAGCUCGGAAAUGGCCCAUGCUUUGCUAAAGCUACACAUGGCCAUUGCAUCCGCAUGUGAUCUUUGGCAUCUACGUGCUUUACAGAUUGCCAGCUUGUGAGCUCUCUGCAGUGGUCUUUCCACGAGAUCAAGCUCUGUCAAUUCAUGCCUUGUAAUGUGCCGGGAGAAGGUUAUACACUCAUCAUCAUCAGAAACUC